UCUUCUUUCUUCGUCUACACAGACGGUUGGGAAUAUCGGUAUAAGCCUGACUAUUUUGAUUUCACGACAAAGUUCACUUUUGAUCAGUGAUUUUGGUGGUUUACGCAUUGAUCGAAGAAAUUGAUAUCAGAAAAAAGAUGAGCAAUAAUAGCGACAUGCAGACAACUACAAGGUCAUUGCUGGAUGAUCUGCGUAGCUUCGACAAGGGUGGCUUCUUCGACCUCGGCCACCCUCUCCUUAACCGCAUCUCCGAGAGCUUCGUCAAAGCAGCCGGGAUCGGAGCUAUUCAGGCUGUGUCCCGCGAGGCUUAUUUUACAGCCAUUGAAGGAGCAGGACUUGAUUCGGGUACUGGUGGUCUGCCGGCGGAGAUCUCAGGUGCCAGCAAGAAGCAUCGAUUCCGGGACCUCAAAGGAGAAACCAACAGAAAGUCUCUCGAAGCCAUGGUGAAGAACACCGGAAAAGAAUCCAUGCAGUGGGGACUGGCCGCAGGAGUGUAUUCAGGUCUCACGUAUGGGCUAAAGGAGGCUCGUGGAACCCACGAUUGGAAAAACAGUGCAGUCGCUGGAGCUAUUACUGGUGUGGCAUUGGCACUUACAUCUGAGGACUCUUCCCAUGAGCAGAUAGUGGAAUGCGCAAUCACUGGAGCUGCGAUUUCCACUGCUGCAAAUCUCCUCGCGGGAAUAUUUUGAGUUGGUGGUUGAUAUGCCACCAAAAGAUAUUUAAUAGCCUUCCUUCCUUUUUAGUUUUAUAUUUAUAUGAAACUUUUGAUACUUGUCUAAGAAUAUAUGUUCCUGCAAGGGUUUCCCUCUGAAUUGGCACUUUUCCCUUAAA